UCACAAUCAAAUUGAAUACAGAUUCGAAGGAAAUUCUCCAUGGAUCAUGAACACGAUGAAUUACGUUCGUCUUUCAUCAACCACGAUAAUCCCCCAACCCACAAAACCUACUUUACUCGUCCCCAAUAAUCCAAAGGGAUCAUGGUGGACUCAAAUCUUCGAUCCCGGUGGCCAGUUCAUCGCCAGAUGGAACUACAUGUUCUUAAUCACCUGUCUCAAUGCCCUUUUCGUUGAUCCACUUUACUUUCUCGUUCCGGAGAUCUCAAGGCGGAAGUCUUGUAUGCGAUCUGAUUAUGGUUUUGCAGCAGUUAUCACCGUUUGGCGUUCUAUGAUUGAUAUAAUAGCUUUUAUCCAUAUUUUCAUUAAGUUCCGUACAGCUUAUGUGGCCCCAAAUUCUAGGGUUUUUGGGAGGGGUGAUCUUGUUAUGGAUGCACGGAAGAUUGCUUUUCGAUACUUGAGGACAGGUUUUGCGGUUGAUUUAGCUGCUGCUCUUCCUUUGCCUCAGAUUUUCAUAUGGUUCGUCAUUCCAGCUGUGAAAAAUCCUUCAACUGCUCAUGCCAACCAUUCCCUUUCUCUAAUCAUCAUCAUUCAGUAUAUCCCACGAUUGUUCAUCAUUUUUCCUCUGAAUCAACGCAUCACAAAAACCACGGGUGUAAUCGCUCAGACUGCUUGGGCUGGGGCCGCUUACUAUCUCAUGCUGUAUAUGCUAGCUAGCCAUGUUAUUGGAGCUUCAUGGUAUCUACUAGCCGUUGAGCGACAAUAUUCGUGCUGGAAAGAAGAAUGUGCACAGGAGAAGAACCUGAGUCACCCCUGCAAUCGUCUUUAUUUUGAUUGCGACCAUGUGGACGAGCCAGGUCGUGAUGCAUGGUUAAAAGAAACUCAGGUGUUGAAUCAUUGUAGUGCUGAAAUUAGCCCGGUCAAUUUCACUUUCGGGAUGUAUGCUCCUGCCUUCACAGAAGGAGUUACGUCCGCAACUUUCUUUGAAAAAUACUUCUUUUGCUUUUGGUUUGGCUUGAAAAGCCUAAGUUCGUAUGGCCAGAAUUUGGAGACGAGUAAUAGUAUGGGUGAAACGCUAUUCGGCUGUAGUGUCUGCCUUGGGGGGUUGGUCAUAUUCUGUCUGCUUAUUGGCAAUAUGCAGACAUAUCUCCAAUCUACGACAGCGAGACUCGAAGAGUGGAGGGUCAAGAGAAGGGAUACCGAAGAAUGGAUGAGGCACAGACAAUUGCCACCGGAUUUACAAGAUAAAAUCCGGAGGUUUGUUCAAUACAAAUGGCUUGCUACCCGAGGAGUCGAUGAAGAAGAUAUCCUUCGUGCCUUACCCUUGGACCUACGACGCCAAAUUCAGAGGCAUCUUUGCUUGGCCCUUGUUCGACGUGUUCCAUUUUUUUCACAAAUGGACGAUGAUCAGCUGUUGGAUGUGAUCUGUGAACACCUUGUUCCAUCAUUGAGCACGAAAGGCCAAUACUUGGUUCGUGAAGGGGAUCCUGUUAACGAGAUGACGUUCGUGAUAAGAGGUCAACUCGAGAGCUCCACGACCAACGGAGGACGAUCGGGAUUCUUCAACUCGAUCACUCUUAAGCCUGGUGACUUCUGUGGUGAAGAAUUGCUGACGUGGGCCUUGACGCCCGAAUCGAAUGUCAGUCUCCCGUCCUCAACUCGAACCGUGAAAGUUCUAAACGAAGUGGAAGCGUUUGCACUUCGAGCAGAAGAUCUACGGUUCGUGGCAAAACAGUUCAAGCGACUUCACAGCAAGAAGCUGCAACAUGCUUUCAGGUAUUACUCGCACCAAUGGAGGACUUGGGGGGCAUGUUUCAUACAAGCGGCUUGGAGAAGGCAUAAGCGGAAGAAACUGGCGGAAGAACUGGCGAGGCAAGAAGGGUUGUACCAAUACUACGACAAUGACGAUGGUAGUGGCGAAAACGACCAAAAUGUCCAGCAUUUGGGAGCUACGAUAUUGGCUUCGAGAUUUGCGGCUAAUACAAAAAGAGGGAUCAGCCAGAAGGAACGUGUUGCUAGUCCGGCUUCGUCCAGCUUGAAGAUGCCAAAGCUGUUCAAGCCGGACGAGCCUGAUUUCUCUUAAGGACGAGUUUUGCAUUUCGAGGGGAAUCCGUUUAGCCAUUCUUUGACUUGUA